AUGAAGUUCAUGAAAGUGGGAAGAGUCGCUAUUGUGACGCGCGGCCGUUACGCCGGUAAGAAGGUCGUCAUCGUCCAGCCUCAGGACACUGGCUCCAAGGCCCACCCCUUCGCCUACGCCAUUGUUGCCGGUAUCGAGCGCUACCCCGCCAAGGUUACCCGCCGCAUGGGUAAGAAGUUGGUCGACCGCCGCAGCAAGGUCAAGCCUUUCAUCAAGAUCAUCAACCAGAACCACCUUCUCCCCACCAGAUACACUCUGGAGCUCGAGGGCCUCAAGGGUGCCGUCUCUGCCGACACUUUCAAGGAGGUUUCCCAGCGUGAGGACGCCAAGAAGACCAUCAAGAAGGCUCUUGAGGACCGCUACACCUCCGGCAAGAACCGCUGGUUCUUCACUCCUCUUCGCUUCUAA